GAUUCUCGCCUCGCCGCCGCCCAGCCCUGCGCGCCUUGCCCGGCGGCCCCCGCCCGGCCGCUCUGGGCCCCUGGCCCCGCGGAGCGAUGCUGCUGCUGGCUGCCGCCUUCCUCGUGGCCUUCGUGCUGCUGCUGUACAUGGUGUCUCCGCUCAUCAGCCCCAAGCCCCUCGCCCUGCCCGGGGCGCAUGUGGUGGUUACAGGAGGUUCCAGUGGCAUCGGGAAGUGCAUUGCUAUCGAGUGCUAUAAACAAGGAGCUUUUAUAACUCUGGUUGCACGAAAUGAGGAUAAGCUGCUGCAGGCAAAGAAAGAAAUUGAAAUGCACUCUAUUAAUGACAAACAGGUGGUGCUUUGCAUAUCAGUUGAUGUAUCUCAAGACUAUAACCAAGUAGAGAAUGUCAUAAAACAAGCACAGGAGAAACUGGGUCCAGUGGACAUGCUGGUAAAUUGUGCAGGAAUGGCAGUGUCAGGAAAAUUUGAAGAUCUUGAAGUUAGUACCUUUGAAAGGUUAAUGAGCAUCAAUUACCUGGGCAGCGUGUACCCCAGCCGGGCCGUGAUCACCACCAUGAAGGAGCGCCGGGUGGGCAGGAUCGUGUUUGUGUCCUCCCAGGCAGGACAGUUGGGAUUAUUCGGUUUCACAGCCUACUCUGCAUCCAAGUUUGCCAUAAGGGGAUUGGCAGAAGCUUUGCAGAUGGAGGUGAAGCCAUAUAAUGUCUACAUCACAGUUGCUUACCCACCAGACACAGACACACCUGGCUUUGCCGAAGAAAACAGAACAAAGCCUUUGGAGACUCGACUUAUUUCAGAGACCACAUCUGUGUGCAAACCAGAACAGGUGGCCAAACAAAUUGUUAAAGAUGCCAUACAAGGAAAUUUCAACAGUUCCCUUGGCUCAGAUGGGUACAUGCUCUCGGCCCUGACCUGUGGGAUGGCUCCAGUAACUUCUAUUACUGAGGGGCUCCAGCAGGUGGUCACCAUGGGCCUUUUCCGCACUAUUGCUUUGUUUUACCUUGGAAGUUUUGACAGCAUAGUUCGUCGCUGCAUGAUGCAGAGAGAAAAAUCUGAAAAUGCAGACAAAACUGCCUAAUCUUCUUACCCCUUGGAAGAAGACUGUUUCCAAAUAAUUUGAACAGCUUGCUGCUAAAUGGGACCCAAUUUUUGGCCUAUAGACACUUAUAUAUUGUUUUCAAAUAUGUCAGAUUGGACCAGUGCUCUUCAGAAAUGUGGCUGCAAGCAAGGGGCUAGAAGUUCACCUCCUGACAAUAUUAUUAAUACUAUGCAAAUAUGGAAUAGGAGACCAUUUGAUGUUCUAGGCUUUGUGGUAGAGAGGUGAAGGUAUGAGAAUUAAUAGCAUGUGAACAAGGUAAAGAACACGAUUCCAGAAUGAUCAUUAAAUUUUUUUCUAUUUAUUCUUUUUUUGCCCCCCUAGAGAUUAAGUCCAGAAAUGUACUUUCUGGCACAUAAAGAAAUCUUGAGGACUUUGUUUAAACCUUCCAUAAAAAAACAAUUUUCGGUUUCUAGGGUUCUCUCUCUCUCUCUCUCUCUCUGUCUCUCUGUCUCUCUGUCUCUCUGUCUCUCUCUCUUUCUUUCUUUCUUUCUUUCUUUGUGUAUUUUAUUCAAGAUGAGUUGGACCCAUUGCCAGUGAGUCUGAAUGUCACUGACAGCCCUGUGUUGUGCUCAGGACUCACUCUGCUGCUGGUGGAAACUCAUGGCUUCUCUCUCUCUUUGAUCCCAUAAAGCUACGAGGGGGACGGGAGAGGGCAGUGCAAUGGGAGGUAAAGAGAUAUUUUCCAGUAGGAAAAGCAAUGCUUUCUUGUCUUUAGACUCAAAUGCUUAGGGAACGUUUCAUUUCUCAUUCAUGGGGAAAGGCAGCCUCCUUAAAUGUUUUCUGAAGAGCAGUAAAAUCUAGAAGCUUAAGAAUUUACAGUUCCUUCAAUAACCAUGAUGACCUGAAGUUCACCUAUCCCAUUUUAGCAUCUACUUGUUUUUCCCAUCUCUUCCUUUCCAAUUUUGCUUAUACUGCUGUAAUAUUUUUGUAAAAAAAAAAAAAAA